CAGUAGCUGUAGGAGGGCGCGGGACGCUGCAUUGGGCGUUUCUCUUAGUUUUUCCUUUACGCGCGGCUUGGGCGGACAUCUCGUGAGACGUGGGACUUCUCGCGGGAACUGCAUUCAAAAAGCCCUGGCGCUUACCCGAGAACUAGCUGAGUGAAUGGGCCAGCGACUGUGGAGUUAGCGUCCUGAAUGAAUGUGGACGCCCUGAGCUCCCAUUAAGAGCCGCUGGCUGCGGCAGCAGGGGACAGGCGUGAGAGGUGGCUAAAAAAAGGAAAAGAACAUGGAGACAGAUAUAGUCAUAAAUCUUCGAUGCAAGCUCAAAGAGGCUGAAGAAGAGCGACUAAAAGCUGCACAGUAUGGUUUACAACUUGUGGAGAGUCAAAAUGAAUUACAGAAUCAAUUGGAUAAAUGUCGUAAUGAAAUGAUGACCAUGACUGAGAGUUAUGAACAAGAAAAAUAUACCCUUCAAAGAGAAGUUGAACUCAAGAGCCGAAUGUUAGAAAGUUUGAGCUGUGAAUGUGAAGCUAUUAAACAACAACAAAAAAUGCACCUGGAGAAAUUGGAAGAACAACUAAGCAGAAGCCAUGGACAGGAAGUGAAUGAACUAAAAUCGAAGAUAGAAAAACUGAAAGUGGAAUUAGAUGAAGCUAGGCUUAGUGAAAAGCAGCUGAAGCACCAGGUAGAUCAUCAGAAGGAACUCCUCUCUUGUAAAUCGGAGGAACUACGUGUAAUGUCUGAACGUGUGCAGGAAAGCAUGUCUUCAGAGAUGCUGGCUCUUCAAAUUGAGCUGACAGAAAUGGAGAGCAUGAAGACCACCCUCAAAGAAGAAGUGAAUGAACUACAAUACAGACAAGAACAGCUAGAACUUCUUAUUACUAACCUAAUGCGCCAGGUAGACCGGCUUAAAGAGGAAAAAGAGGAGCGAGAGAAAGAAGCAGUUUCUUACUAUAAUGCCCUAGAGAAAGCUCGUGUAGCAAAUCAAGAUCUUCAGGUACAGUUGGACCAGGCACUCCAGCAAGCUUUGGACCCCAAUAGUAAAGGCAACUCUUUGUUUGCAGAGGUAGAAGAUCGAAGGGCAGCAAUGGAACGUCAGCUUAUCAGUAUGAAAGUCAAGUAUCAGUCACUAAAGAAGCAAAAUGUAUUUAACAGGGAACAGAUGCAGAGAAUGAAGUUACAAAUCGCCACGUUGCUACAGAUGAAAGGGUCUCAAACUGAAUUUGAGCAGCAGGAACGGUUGCUUGCCAUGUUGGAACAGAAGAAUGGUGAAAUAAAACAUCUUUUAGGUGAAAUUAGAAAUCUGGAGAAAUUUAAGAAUUUAUAUGAAAGUAUGGAAUCUAAGCCUUCAGUCGACUCUGGUGCUCUGGAAGAUAACACCUAUUAUACAGAUUUACUUCAGAUGAAGCUAGAUAACUUAAACAAAGAAAUUGAAAGCACUAAAGGUGAAUUGUCCAUACAGCGAAUGAAAGCAUUAUUUGAGAGCCAACGGGCUCUGGAUAUUGAGCGAAAACUUUUUGCGAAUGAAAGAUGCCUCCAGCUUUCAGAAAGUGAAAAUAUGAAACUGAGAGCUAAACUAGAUGAAUUAAAACUAAAAUAUGAACCUGAAGAGACAGUUGAAGUGCCUGUACUGAAAAAGAGGCGUGAGGUGCUGCCUGUGGAUAUUACCACCUCUAAAGAUACAUGUGUCAACAACAGUGCUGUCGGGGGAGGAGUUUAUCGAUUACCACCUCAGAAAGAGGAGACACAGUCCUGUCCUAACAGUUUAGAAGAUAACAACUUGCAAUUAGAAAAAUCAGUUUCUAUACACACACCAAUAGUCAGUCUCUCUCCUCACAAAAAUCUGCCCGUGGAUAUGCAGCUGAAGAAGGAAAAGAAAUGUGUGAAACUCGUAGGAGUUCCAGCUGACGCUGAGGCCUUAAGUGAAAGAAGUGGAAACACCCUUAACUCUCCCAGGUCAGUGUCCUCUUUUCCUCCAGGCAGCCAGCAGACCUCUCCAUCUCUCCUCUCUCGCUGCAUGAACUGUGCUGUCUGUUUCUUUAUCUACUUUCUUACUAUUGCAUGCAGUAUAAUUCCUCAAUUUCAUCUACCUACCUUCAACUUUUCCAGAACUUUAAGAAAGACUAAACUGAUUGCAAAGGGAAAGGACUCCUGAAUAAGGGAAUCACAUUAAAAAGUUACAUGUUUCUGUUUCAUGAAAGGAAAUAUCAGUCUUAACACAUCUCUGAAUGUUUUAUCAGUUUGAAUAAAUGUUCUGUUAUUUUUCUCCUGGUUCAAGCAUGGCCAUGAAAGAAAAAUCAACUUACUUUCUCAAAGGGCUUUCUGGUAGUCUGAGACAUUUCAGCCUUCUGGAAAACUUAGGUGAAUUUUUUAUGUCUUUUGAAGUUGUUUAUCCUAGGCUUUCAAAAAUGGGCUUGAAUACUUAUUUUGACAUUUUUACAUAUCAAAGCUUUUCAUUGUUUCCAAAACUUGAAGGCCUCUAGUUUCUGCAUAAUUGAGUUUUUGACUGAAAGAAAUAGUGUCAGAUAUGUGUGUCUGAAGGAAUUAAUGUCCCAAGGGCUUUGUCCUUUAAAAAUAAUCGAGGUCAGAAGGUAAGAGAAAGUGAAUGGAAGGGAAAGGUAAGUAGGAGUGGCUGAGGCUCGAGUUCUGCAUGUGCACAGCAGAAGAAGCAAAUGAGGAAAUUGGAGAAAGUGAAAGAUGGAGGAUGCAUGCAAUGGAAUUGUUAGAGGCAUUUAAAACAAGUAUCUAGACAUUCAAAAAGAUGUGCCAAUAGCUAGCCUGGAUUAUCUCAUAUGAAAUGCAAUCUUGAAGGUGCUACUAGGGCUACAUUAGUCUUAGAGAGUAGAGACAGAUUAAUAAGACAUUUUACUAAUGUGCAUUUGAGUAGAGAGAGUAAGACACAGCCCAGUGUAAAAGGGCUUCCUUAUAUGUUUUAUCUGAUUUCUUUCCAAGUCUUCAGUGCUACUAAAUGUAAUACUCAACAGUAAAAGCACUUUAACAAUGUUAGCUGCUAUUAUUAUAAGGGAUAGUAAUUUAUUACUCCCUCCUUGGAGUUUUAUAUAAUGUUAUAACCUCUGAGUCACAUAAAAUAAAAGCUUACUAUUCUUAAGGAAAAAGUAACUUCAAAUGAGUAUCUACCACAUACACAUGGUUUCAAAGAGUUCUGAAAUGAAUCCAGCAGAUUAUGCCUGUGUAUAUGUAUGUGAUGCAUUGUAUAAACAUCCUUGACCACUGUAUAUUUCUGGAGGUGAAUUUCCAGAAUUGAUAAGUGCCAGCCUUGCUAUCUGUAUUGUCUUCAUUCCUUUUUCUGCCUUUUUUUGCUUGAUAAAAAUCACUUAAGCAAAUGUAUGUGGCUAAUUGACUCAAGUAGCACGUUGGAAACUUUUUGUCUUGUUAGUUAAACAAAAAAUAAAAUACCACAAAACAUUUGUGUGUGUGUGUGUGAGUCCAUCUGCUAACUUCAAGAUGUUUCCAACUCUUUGUUUUCUGCAUGUUUAACUUAGAUACACAAUCCUAAGAUAAUUUUGGUACAAUAAAUACGGCUUUUAUUGGGAACUUUACUGUUGUAUGCUUUACAAAACUAAUGAGUGUUCUUGUUGCUAAGAAUCUUUACAUGCCUUUAAGAAUAUCUCUCUACUAUUUAUCUUUUCUUUAUUAUUCUACUAGUUGAAACUCACUUUUUUAAUAAGAAACAAAUAGACAUCUAUUCAUGCAGCUCAAGAUUCCAUGUUAUUUUUGUCUUGCCUUUUGUAUGUCAUGUUAACGUUAAAAUAUUGCUGUAACAUUUCAGUUUUUGUGUUAGGUGUGCUUAUCUUGAUAGGGGCCCUGUCAUAUGUUAAUUCUUUAAUUUAGGCCUUGCCAUGACUUUUUAAAGAUACUCUUUAGACUUAAAUAAUAAUCGGCCCAGCGCAGUGGCUCGCCUGUAAUCCCAGCACUUUGGGAGGCUGAGGCAGGUGGAUCACGAGGUCAAGAGAUCGAGACCAUCCUGACCGACGUGGUAAAACCCUGUCUCUACUAAAAAUACAAAAAUUAGCUGUAUGUGGGAGUGCACACCUGUAGUCCCAGCUACUUGGGAGGCUGAGGCAGGAGAAUCGCUUGAACCCGGGAGGUGGAGGUUGCAGUGAGCCGAGAUUAUGCCACUGCACUCCAGCCUGGCGACAGAGUGAGACUCUGUCUCAAAAAAUAAUAAUAAUUGAACCUAUUGAUACAAAAAGACUCUUUUAGAGAGCCAGUGACUUAAUAUUCUUAACAGUAUUAGAAUCAACUAUAUUUUUUUUCCUUGAAUACCAUGCCUCAUUGGAGGCCCAUUAUACUGGGGGUUUGUUUCUUCCAUCCUUCAUAACCACAUUUGAAUUCAGAGUGGAUACUUUAAUGCCUGUAGGUUAGCUGCUGAAUCAAAGCUUCAAACAGAAGUUAAAGAAGGAAAAGAAACUGCAAGCAAAUUGGAAAAAGAAACUUGUAAGAAAUCACACCCUAUUCUAUAUGUGUCCUCUAAAUCUACUCCAGAGACCCAGUGCCCUCAACAAUAAAGACUUUUCUUUAAUAAGAGUAUGGUACCACUUGCCUCAAAAGUUACUGUGGUGCUUAAGAUUGUCUUUAUCUGACAUAUAUCACCUUCUGGGUUAUUUAUUCAUUGUGCCAGGACCUGGCAUUUUCAUGUUCCUUUGACCAAGUGUUCAGAAUUUGCUUGACUCUAACCUGAAGAGCUUCUUAAGUGAUGACCCUUCAUGGAGCUUCUGUGGCAGUGAAUAAACUGUUAACUGAAGGCAAAUGUUAUAAUUAAUGUAUCUAUUUGCUGCAUUGUAUAUGGAUUAAAUAAUAAAAACACUUAAGUAAUCUACCUUCAGAGCCAUGUAUUUGAGAACACUCAAAUCAUUAUAUUUUCCUAUGUACUUUUUUUUAUAAACUUAGCCUUAAACUGUUGUAAAAAUAGGAAAGUUGUAAACUAUGUUGUAAAAAUAGGAAACGUGGCUAAAAAAUAUACAUUAUAUUGUUUCAGGAUUUUGUCAGUGUUUAAAGAACCGAUGUUCAUCUUUGUAUUUAUAUACAUGAUUUAAAUUGUGUCUAAAAUUUUAAAUAAAACUGCAAUGAUUUAUCCUUAAA